AUGUACAACUGCUACUCGCCGUCGAAGCGCGGCGCGAAGUCGCCAGUCAAGCACACCAAUGCUACUCUUCCGCAGGACAGCACGGACAGCACUGACAGCACCGACAUGCUCACUCAGACGUCUCCAGGUGGCAAUGCGCCCAGAGAGUUUCGCAUAUCACAAACCCAACUCUAUCGCGACAUACGUGAGAUCCAGGCUCAGGUGUCUUCAAGCGAAUCCUCUCCUAUGCCGACUGUGGUCGGUGACAACGUUCGCGGAGUCGCGGCCUCUUCCCAUCAACAUAACGAUUCUGUUUCAACCAGCGAAGCUCCUAGUACGACAAUCACCAUGUUUUUAGAUCCGGAUCACCAACACAGGGACCGUCGCCGCGGUCGAUCCCCUAGCGACAGCUUUGACGAGCUCCAACUCGUCCCAGAGGGCGCAUACGAUGCUGUCCCAACCGAACGCGCCUGGGUUGAGAACAGAUCAGAGAGAAAGAUUAUGAAGAUGAUGUCCAACACUGAUCGAACCCCUCCUAUCACCUCGACGUUUGGAUAUGAUUCAGACGAUGAUACUCCCACACAGCCGACUAGAGUCUAUUACACGAACAACGCAAAGCCGGCGAAGAAGUCCUCCAAGAUCCUUCGCGGCUUGAAUAUCAAUAUGCGUUCUCUUCGGUCGGUACAUCCUUUUAGUACUGCAUUCUCCGAUGAAUCCACCAUUCUGUCAACUAAUGUUUCCAGUGCUGCUUCCAAAGCGAUCAGCGCGUCGCUCUCAGCGAAGAAUCCAUUCAAGUCUUCUCGUCGUCACCAACGCGCUGAGAGCGCUCCGUCCGUAUCGCAAGCGCCCGGCAGUAGUCCAAGUACCCUGACUGCACUUCCGCAAUUGAACAACAAGCAGACAGAGACCGGCAGAAAGGACCAGCCAACCACUCUUCAAACUUCGCCGAACAGUGAUGGUGCCAACGGUGAGGCUCGUCAGCCGAGGGAAAGGAGGCGCAGACGUAGACAUGCAUCCGUCAGCACUAGGCGACCGACGCCUCCAGAGAAGGACACCCCUCCACACGUAAGAAAGGCUCGUGAAGACGAAGCGAGACUUGCUGCACAAAUUGCAUUGAGUGGUUUACAGAACAGGGCGGAUGAAGUGGAAGACGCUAACAGCAUUGACUACAAUCAGGAUAGCGCAUAUAUCAGACACGGUGCAGAGGUCUACAUGGACUUAAUUCAGAAAGUCCCAAGCGUAUAUUCAAUGCGCGCACGUGUCGAGAGCAAGGCUGACGCACAGGAGCUGUUGCUGCGGGAGAAGGGAUCACCGGUCGCGUCUCGUAGUCGCAAGUCCGGAAGCUCUAGCGGACGUGGCCUGUUGCCAGGAGGGCUCCUGCCUGCAACCGUGUAUCGCCCAGAAGUCCCGCCAACCUACUUCUAUUCUCCGUCAAUGUACUCGGUCGCCAGCCCGAACAUGGGAAAGCGCGGUAACUCCGUCUCCGUCUACAUCACCCGCCAAGCUCCACCUCCGUUUUCUUCCUCUCCACCCGACAUCGCGAACAACACCCUUGGUGACCGUCCAAGUUUCCCACCUCGUAGCUCUUCGUUAGCCCCGAAAAACAUGCGCUCCGAAUCUGUUCGCCCGGGCUUCGACAGAGCCGCCACCCACAAGCCGGCCGCCGACAACGCAUCUGUUGUCAACGCUGAGCUUCACUCUGCCGACACGAACAACAGAAACUCUGUCAACGGAGCCAAAUCGUCGCAGUCGAUUGGACUGGCUCCCAUGCUCGCUCAACAGACCGAAGAGGCCGCCAUCUUCAGCAUGAGCCCCGUCGCUCAUCAUCCUAGCGCCAUGCCAUCGCCGCUUCGUGCUUCUUUCUCGUCCCCUCCGCCACAGCCGAUGAUGGCGCUGCCUGGCCUUCCACCUGACCACGAGUUGCUCACUCACUUCCAUGUCCUCCACUUUCACAUUGAUGAGAUUAUGCGUGGCAUCCAGAUUGAUAGCGCCAGCACUAAGAGUGAGGUUCUUGCCGACGGCGCUGCCAAGUACGACGAGCUUCGGAAGUUGAUGAAUGAGAACUUCGGCAACCUUGUGAACCAUCUCAACGCCUUGGAGCAUAAGAUGGGUCGCUCUACCAACGAGCUGGAUGCUGUGAAGAAGGAGAUCACCACCAUCUCUAACAACAUGGAUGAACACUACGCGAAGCCAAUGAAGAAGCUUCUCAACCAGGUCUCGGAGCUCACCAAGCACAUUGAACUUCUUCAAGAGCGCACGCAGAAAUUGGAGAAGAAGCUUGAUGAUGACACCAAGCGCAGCAGCACCUCAGUCCACGGGCUCUCUAACGACAAUGCUACUCCUACCGCCCAGUCUUCCGGUGAAGCCGCCUUCAACCGUGCGCAGGCUCACAUCAUGGGAACUCAGGCUCCGUACCGUUGGAGCGGCUAUGAGGGCGCCCGUCAUGUGCUGCAAUCCGGUCCCCAGGACCGCCCGGCUCAGUUUGGUGAGACGGGUGGCUUCUUCAACCCUCCAGAAUCCUCUCAGCGCCAGUCGUACCAUGACAACAGCUUCUAUGGCAACGGCAACGGCAGCUACAACUACCUUAGUCUCACAGACGGCACUGAGCGUGACAAUGGCUCGGCGAUUUCGGGAAGGGUCUCGUACGGCCAGACCCUCCCAAAUCCUGUCCUGACCGCUCUCGCCAACGCUCUCGGCAGCCUCGCCGAUCCUCUCCGCAACAAUUCUUCGGCGAACCUUUCCACUGCCGCUAACGCCAGCGACCAUGAAGGUUCUCUCCAGGAAGAGAAAGAGAAAGAUUUGAUUGCCGUCAAUGAAGAGGAUGCCUCCACCAAGUCCGAGCCUGAUGUUAUGCAGGUUGUCGCCUUGCCGGCUCUUGCGCGCUCUCUACCCUGAUGAGCGAUACCUAGACGUUUUCUUGAUUUACAUUCCCCAGUCGUUCGAUCAUCCGAUGCGCCGGGAAAUCCCCGCGAACGAAAAAGCAGUAAAAAAAAAAAAAGUUUUCUUU